AUGGCAAUAGACACCGGACCAGCACGUCCGCGUGAAUCUAGGAUUUACUCAGAGCAAGACAGAAUCCGAGAUCUAUCAAGAUAUUAUUGUACAUUCGAUCAAGAUCCACAAUCAAUCAGCAGCCCUCGUCUCUCGCCUGAUUCUACACUCACUGCGCUCACCCAACUCGGCGUCUAUCGCUUUGGGUGUAACCGAUCCUUUGUCUCCAUCAUUGAUGGUGAACAACAGCACCUCAUCGCAGAAGCAACCGCGUCAACCUCUUUGCGCAACGAAGAUCAACACCUCCCUGAUGAUGGGAUCUACCUCGGCGUUCGGACAUUGGACCUGGAAUGGGGUGUCUGCCCCCAUGCUAUACGUCUCUUCACAGGACAGGACUCCUCACGGGUGACGAACACGACAAACAUAACAGCAAAUCGAACUCGCAAUAUCAUCCGCGACUUUACCGUGGAUGAUUUCUACAACACCCGUCCAUAUGUUCUUGAAUGGCCAUACUUCCGAUUCUACGCCGAGGUCCCCCUAUACAGCCCCUCUGGAUAUGUACUCGGCUCAUACUGUGUGGUGGACAACAAAACCCGCACCCAUUUUGGAGAUGAGGAAGUUGCUGCGCUUCAGGAGAUUGCCGAUGCUAUUUCUCAACAUCUUGAGAAUGUUCGGGUCGCUCAUUAUCACAAUCGCGCUGAAAAUCUGGUCAAGGGCUUGACAAACUUUGUCAAAGGACAUGCGGAAUCUGGCAUCCCAGACCAUCUCGAGCAACUUUCAGCCCCGGAAACCCUGAAUUUUCAUAACCUGAACUUUACAAGUAAUGCCAUUGAUUCAACUCAGCCAGUUACGUCGGCUUUGACUACUAAAUCAUCCAACACGAAAUCAACAUUGGAUCAAUCGUCUCUAGCAACCAAGGAGGAGGAGCCGGCCAUUUCUCUUUUCUCGGAGGCCAAAGAUUCGGAAAUGACACGACCGACGACACAGCCAUCAUCGCUUGCUCCAGGCUCACCGGAAUCUGCAGAACGACUAUGCAACGAUUACUUUGGUACGGAGUCAGCUAUGGAAGAUGUGCCCAUUGCAGAACGUGUUGCUGCCAUAUUUUCCCGGGCUAGUGAACUUUUGAGAGGUUCAAUGGACUUGGAUGGUGUGGUCUUUCUCGAUGCACGUCAAGGCGACUCAGCAUUCGACCUCGGGGAUGAUUUUGAAAACGGAGAGUCUCCCAAACUCGGGGACUCUGAGCCUGUGACUAAUCCGCAGCCUUGGUUGCUUGGCUACUCUGCCGAGCAAUCGUCUGAUAACAAAGAAAGGCUAUGCCGCUCUUUGAAUUGUUUGACCACCGACUCUCUCAGUUCAGAAUCUGACCUCGCCCUUUCGGAAGACUUCCUGCGUACCCUGAUCCACAACUUCCCGAGCGGGCAUAUUUUUAAUCUCGACGAUGAACCCUUUGAGCCGGAAACAUUACAGCAGCAGGUUGCUCGUCACCUUGCACAGAAGCUACCAGAUGCGAAGUCCGUACUCUUCAUCCCAUUGUGGGAUUGGAAUAAAUCACACUGGCUAGCAGGAACCCUGGUCUGGACACAGGAAGCUUGCCGCCCUCUGGGAAUGGAGGAACUGCACUAUUUCAAAGUAUUUGGUGAUUCCAUCAUCUCUGAGGUGUCUAGGGUGCACUUCACAGCGACUGAAAAAUCAAAAUUCGAUUUUGUAUCUUCCAUUAACCAUGAGCUUCGCUCUCCACUGCAUGGUAUCCUUGGAAGCACCGAGCUUUUGCAGACCAUGCCACUCCAGCCCUCACAGCAUGAAAUGGUCAAAAUGAUAGACACUUCGGGCCUGGCAUUGCUCGACACCAUAGACCAUCUAUUGGAGUACUGCAGGAUCAAUGAUUUGGCGACAGGAAAAAAACCAGACAACGCCAAAAUAGGAAGAAAAGCUAGCGGUCAAGAUUCGGACUUUGACCUUGGCACAUUAAUCGAAGAAGUUGCCACCGCUCUUUGUGCUGACAAAAAAUCCCGAUUCGUUCCCACUCUGGCUGAUAAAUCCACUACUGUCUUUGACACCGCUGGAGACCUUCAUAGUACUAACAGUAACAAUGGAGUUUCAAUGGUUAUUCGGGUUGACCAGCCUGACUUUUGGACUGUGCGGUCUGCCGCAACUGCCUGGAGAGGAAUACUGCUGAAUCUUCUUGGCAAUUCAAUGAAAUGGACAAAUAGAGGCCUCAUUGAGGUUACAUUGUCCAAAACGAAGUCAGAUAAUACUAAUAACAGCUUGUCUUUUGCCCACUUAUGCGUGAAAGAUACCGGAAGUGGAAUUUCACGGGAAUAUCUCAAGAACCAGCUGUUUUCCCCAUUCGCCAAGGAAGACUCACUCUCGCCAGGAGUCGGGCUUGGCCUCAGCAUCGUACGGAAGUUCGUCAAAUCCCUAGACGGUGAAAUUGACAUCAGAAGCGAGCAGGGCGCAGGCACCCAAGUGGAUAUCCGUAUACCUGUGAAAUACCACAGACCAGCUCCCUCCGCCGAAGUAACAGAUUCUUCAUUGCUUUCAGGAUCUUCAACUUCACCGGUCCCGAUCCGAGCAUGCCUUAUUGGGCUACACGGGCAACCGGCCUUGCAUGAUGUCCCAACUGGGAUUUUGACUGUCGACGCCAAACGAAAGUUGGCCAUCCAAAAUGCACUGUUUGAUGUCUUUAUGACAAAACUAGGAUGGGAUCUUUCGACAGCAAAGUCUCCACAUGAAGAGCUUGGUGAUGUGGUGAUAAUUGAGGGAGCUGACCUCCACAAACUGUUAAUCGAGGAACCAGAGAUGGCCAGAAGUUGCGAAAAUGUCUUGAAAUUCUUCAUUGUCCUUGACGGAAAAACAUCACCUUUGACAGGUGACUUACCGGACAAUUUCAUACGCGUAUCUCAACCAUUUGGACCCAAAUCUCUUCUUGAUGCAGCGGAAAGAUUUAUGAAAGUUUACAAGACGCCACAUUCACCGGCAACUACUGAGAUCGCUCCGGUUUUGUCCAUAAUACAGCAAGAUCCGCCCUUGGAAGCACAAUUGAGCUCUAGGGACACACCGGAGAUUAUUGUCCUGGGAGACGACCUCGCGGUCGCUAAUGUUCUCGAUCGACCGGAAAUCAUUGUCCCUCAAAUUGAGACCCAACCAAAGCCAAUUAACGUCCUUAUUGUGGACGAUAACUCUAUAAAUCUUAAGAUCAUGUCCACUUUCAUUCGAAAAAUUGGAUGUCAUUAUGAAACGGCACUCAAUGGACUUAUAGCCCUUGAGAAGUACGAGAGUGCCAAACAGCCAUAUGACUUUGUGUUGAUGGAUAUAUCGAUGCCCGUAAUGGAUGGACUCGAGGCAACGGAAAGAAUACGACAACACGAACGCGAGCAAGGCCUCCAACCAUCCACGAUCAUCGCCAUCACAGCGGUCGCUUCCAAUGAUAUACAAGAGGCUGCCUUUAAGGCCGGAGUUAACGAUUACCUGGUCAAGCCACUAUCGCUCGAUAAGCUCCGUGAACUUAUUCACGUAUGA